UUUGUCUGGGGACCGUCGAACAAACAUGGCGGCUUCGCAAUAGAUUGAUAGCUUGAGCGAACAAAAUGAAAUGAUUUCGCGUCGGUGUCAUUGUUUACAGUCGUACGCGCAGAAAGAAACAGUCCUUAGGACUCUUAGGAAUGUCUGGUUUGAGCGAGAGUUCCGAACUAGAGGAAAAUGACACUUUGAUGUCAAACAUCUCUCAGGACCUUCUGAACAGUGGGGUAUUUUCUCCAAGGGGAACUUUACUAGAACCAUCAGUUCAGUGUCCUCAAGAGACGAUGGAACUACUUUGUGACCAAGGAGACCUCCUAACUAGUGUCGGUUUUAUGGACUCUAUAUGCUCAGAUGGACCACCCAAAGCUGCUUAUGUGAAUGGAUCCACCUCACCCCAUAUCUCAGAUGAAGUCUUGUUGGAUAUUUCAAAAAACGUACCAGGAUUUCUUCCUAAGUCUUUAAAUGCACAGAAUUCUGUCACAGCCAACGUCCACUUUGAUGGACAUGACCCACUCCGAAAAGAGGGGGAAAUAACAAUUAGGCAAACACUGACAGCAGAAGAUGUGGAAAAUAGGGGGAUAUGGGGAUUUGAUACCGAAUCUCCAGAAAGCUCACUAGAUAAUUACAAUGAUACAAAUGACCUUAGCUGGAACCCCCAGAAGGAAUUUAUGAAGUUCCUGUGGGAUGAUGAAAAUGCUCUUGAAAUGGAGGAGAAACUGCACCCUGUUCCUUCACCCAUCAAUCAUAAAAUUAUUGUUCCGUCACCACUCGUUCAUAGAAAAAGAAAACGUAAAGCUGAAAUGGUAUUGAAAGUAGAUCCCUCAAUGGACCUAUAUCCUAAUUUGGAUUUUGAUUCAAAAAUAGAUCACCAGGGUGAAGGAAGCCAGGCGGAUUGCAGUCCUAUAAAGAAGAUACGUUCUCCAAGGAAACCAUCCAAACCACGAUCACCCAUCGUAAAAACGAACAAGUAUUUAAACGGAGGUGGUGAGGCGAUCAAACACCCUUCUCCCAAACCAGCAAAAAAACCUGAUAGCAAAACUCAAAAGUUGGGAUUGAUUAUAGAAAAUUUGCCAAUGGACUCUGGUGCUAAGGAAAAGCCACGUAAGAACAGUUUUAAAGAGAAACCUCUAGAACACACACAAAUUAUGUUUAAUACAGACACACCCAGUUUAAAGCCAUUCAUAUGUAAAGAUUGUGGACAGUGUUUUCAUGACCGGGGUGCAUUGUUACAUCACAUAGAUGUUCACAAGGCAAAGCAUCCCAAAACUAAGAAAGAAAGAAAUGAGUUCCAUGAAAUGAAAGAUGAAGGUAAAAAUGCAACAUUGCAGUGUCCACAGUGCACAUUUGGAACCAACUGUCCAAAUACAUUUGUCCAACAUGCCAAGACCCAUGAGAAAGACAAGCGGUAUUAUAGUUGUAAUAAGUGUGAUUUUGUGGAAAUGAAUGAAUUUCAAAUGAGAAGUCAUUUGCUUCAUAAGCAUUCUGAGAGAGACGCUGAUCUGACUGUAUGGAAAUCGGAUGGUUUCCAGACACGCAAAGUCAACAAAGCCAACAAGAAUGCAACAACACCUUCUCCAAUCUCAAACUCUUUUAAAAGAAAAACUAAAAACUUCCUCGGAAAUCACGUUGACACUUCAUGUCUGCAGAAGUUUCAUGAAGACCAGAAAGCUUUUCAUUCCCUUGACAUUAGUAAUGAAGUUCUUACUACACGUGCACAACUGCCAUCAAGGUCGCCAAAAUUGUCUGUCAAACUUCAGACAUCAGACAAGAAGGAAAGUCGGUUAACCAAUGGUAAAUGUAGUCAGUUGCAGAAAGACAAAAAGUUACGUAAAGCUCGGGUGAACAGCAAACGAAUCCAAAGACUUGACAAAUCAGUUCACACUGUUUUAUCCAGAAAGAAGCACCAGAGUGCCUAUAAAUGCAGCUCAUUCCAGAAUCUUGAUGAAAUCAGUGAAAUAGGGUUUCUGGACAGAGAUAAAUACCAUUAUAAUGAUUCCCUGGAAUGUGAGACUGCAACGUCUGGAACAGAAAGGACUUCCCCCUCCUCAAAUUGUGUAAAAAAAUAUUUCUGUUCUAAAGAGGGGAUCACGAAAAGCACUUCUAAAUCUGACGGGAAUGUCAGUUGUUCAGAAAGUAUUGGAAAUUGUGAUUCUUACAAAGGAUCUCCACCAAACUCCAUACACUUAAAGAAGCAAACAUUGAAGUCACCUUCCAAAAGAAAAAUGUCAACUCCAUUCCACAAUAUGCAAGGCCAGGAUAUUCUUUUAGAUUUUCCAAAAUGUAGACAAAAUCUCAAGAAACAGGAAACAUCCAAGGACGAGGAAUAUAGUAGUAACGAUGACUUGAUGGAUGAUUCUGGUCAUACAGUUGGUUCAUGCUUGAACAAAGAAUGGGAGGAUAAAGAUGAUCAGUGCGCACUGAAAUCAUCUGCAAAGGGAGAUCAAAGUUCUUCAAGGAUGUUUUCUGUCAAAGAAGAACACAAGGAUGAAGAGGUUUACAAUGCUGGCCCCGAGUCGAUUUCAGCUGUAAAACGUGAAUCAUGCUCAGAUCUUGAGACAGAUCUAAAGGCUUGCCCUUACUGUCCUGCUGUAUUUGAGUCAGGUAUUAGUCUUUCUAAUCACAUACGAGGACAUUUGUACAGAGUGGGCCAGAGUGCACGCAAAGCUGCGUCUGUAUCUAAGUUAGCUGACAAAGUCCCUCCAGUUCGACGACAAAAAGUGCCACAAAUCAAAACAGAGGUGGACACAUCCAAGACUGAUCAACAGACAGAGAUGCCAACUGACUGUCAACAAACAGAGCUAGUCUGUCCCCUGUGUAGGGAGUGGUUCGACAAUAGGACCGGGCUGUCAAAUCACGUACGAGGCCAUCUUAAGCGCCUGGGAAAACCAACUUCCACUGCCUCGAAAUCCCCAGUGGUCAUAUUGAAGGAACUCAUGCGUGACAAGAAGCAGUUCCAGUUGAAGUUGCAGGUUCUGGAAAGAAAGUGCCGCGGUUCCAGAAUUUACCAGCCUGUUAGAUUAAGUAACGGUUUAACCUUCUCAUCUACGGUCAAACAGCAUAAAUAUAUACAUUCUCGAUCGGUAGAGGAAAAGAAAAGGAUAGAGACUAAUAAAGGCUCGCCGCCAAGUGAUCUGAUUGGAAUUUUGAAGAAAAGAAGGGCCCACGAAGAGACCAAGGCAAAGUGUCCAUCCCACACAGCUAGAAAGGCUCUUAGUAUAUCUUCAAGCAGAGAGCGUGGCCUGGAGAUACAACCUUUCAAAGCAGUGCCAAAUUCAUUAGCAGACAAAAGUGAAGUCGGUAGAAAAGUGUGUUUGCACUGUAAUGCCACUUUCCACAGCGGUGUUAGCCUGUCCAAUCAUAUGAGGGCAUACGCACACCGAAAGAAGAAAGGCCUUUCUGAUGGAUCAACCUAUGAUUGUAAACAAAGAAAGCAAAGAUCGAGGUCUGGGUCAAAAAAGAAAACCUUUCCAUUGUUGCAUGCUCCAGAGGAAAUAUAUAGACUUAAAUGCAGGUUUUGUGAUCUAGUCUUCCAGGGCCCAUUGUCAGUCCAGGAGGACUGGAUAAAGCAUUUACAGAGGCACAUUAUGAAUACUGCUGUACCACGCACAGGGGCAGGAAUGGUGGAGGUCACCACCGUCCCAACAAACUCUUGCUCCAACUCCGAGCCACAGGCACAACCUUCAGUGAUGCAAACAUCCUCAUUAGCCCAGGAACUGUAGAGACGCACAUUUUGUCCGCUGAAUAUCACUUAUAUGUAAAUGGUUUGGUUCCAACUUCAAUUUUAUAUGGUCAUCAGUGAUGAAUAGUAUUUUUACUCCUAGUAGCGGGAAGUUGUCCUUGACAUGGACUGCUUUUUAAAUAUUGUUACAUUGUGCUGGUGUUGUAUACAGUUCAUCGUACGAACGGUGGGUGAAUGUGUUAAGAUUUCACCCACCACCAAAAGACAACUUUUACCUCAGAUAAUUUUUAAGACUUCUCACAUUGGGUUUGAUCUAUCGACACAGAUUUACACUCCGUACAAAACUGAAAUUACGAUUUAUUUCACUUUUAUAACAAGCCAGUUUAAUUUGAGAUUCAACACAGUUAUGUCUCUGUUGUCCUGUUGUUGGAAGGUGCACAGAUGAUGCAUAUGUACAGUAUAGAAAUUUUAAGUCUCUAUAUCUACUUGAUUCAGAUGUUUGACUCAUAACAACACAUCAUUCAUUAUGUGAAACAAACAAUUAUAUUGAUAUUUAGCAGUUCAAACAGUUUGCAUGUCAUAACUCUUAUUAGACCAUUUGCAUACCCGUUACAUUUUGGAUUUCACAUAUUACACUUUAUUUUACAUUUGUACGUCUGCCACAUGUGCUGGAAAAAAACAUUAACUGUUACCUGUGUAGGCCAUUUUUUACGGUUGAAAUACUUUUGUGUAUAAACCUUUUUAGGUAAUUUAUGUGAAAAUGUAAAUCAUUAUAAACAAUUUUGUUGUUUGGAAUAAAAUGUUUAUGUUGUCCUUACAUGUUGAAUGUAACAAUGUGUACUUGAAUGUGUUUAUAGUGCCACAAGGUUUUAUUGUUGCCAAGGGUGGCAGUGUUUCCCCACACAUAAAAGACCUGCUUCAUAGACUAGG